AUGGGUCGAAGCGACCCCGUUGCUCCAAAUGAUGGCGAUCCUCACUCUACCGUCCCUAAAGAGUUCGUCGAUUACACUCUGAACUUUCUGGCCACCUCCAACAACGAAACUCUCCUUGGCGUGUUCGCGCUUCUCAUCCUUGUCACCUACAUCAUCCUUGGAAGAAUCGGCCUACUUCUGAUCGGCGUAGCCGUGGGUGUCGUGCUACAUGCGUCAUGGGAAGGGCCUAGUCAACACACGGGUGAAACGUCACACGCGAACAAGGUCACCCGACGGAAAGAACUAGCACUGGAAGUCUCCAGCAGGCUUCUAGACUGGCCCAAGCGGGUGACACCAUCCGAUACCCAGACCGAGAAUGGGGGGCUUAUCAAUGCGCCUCAAGAGAUGACCCCGGCAGACCUUGAGUAUUCCACUUUCCAACCCGCCACUGCCAAUGCGCUGAAGACGCUCACCGACGCUGUCAUCAAGGACUAUAUCGGAUACUGGUACGAGCCACUCUUACCAUCCGAAUCGACCUUCCCUGGCUCCUGUCGUCGGAUAUUGACCCAAUUCAUCACGUCUGUCUCAUGGCACCUAUCGCGGAAACGAACCGAGGACACUUUCCUACAAUUUCUCACCAACUCCUCCUCUAUCGUGAUUGUCUUCUUCAACGAGCUUGCAGCUGCAUUUGCCGCUGGGAGCUCCCCUCCUACCGAGGCCCAAAAGACCGUGGAACAAUAUCUGGAACAAUUCCCAGAUAGCAGUCUGGCAAAUGUUCUGUCUGAUACGCAACAAAAGAAGAAGCUCAGCAUGAUUGCGGAGGACAUAUUGUCCAGCUACCUCGAUGCAAAGGCGUACAACUGUCAGGCCGUCAGGGACUUCCUCCGCGAAAUCUUUUCGGGGGUAAUUCUAGGCUCCGUUAUCACAAGUCUAGCCCGUCCUGAAUUCAUCAACACCUGGAUCAUUUAUCUCCUUGAGGAUGGCGAGUCAGAAAUUAUGCACGCCAUUGAUGCAGGCGUUGAAGGCGCAAGGAACCAGGGUGUGAGUGGGCCUAAGGCUCCAGAGGAGCCCGUCGCCGACACCGUAGAUGCUGUCGAUCCCCCGAAUAGGCAAUCUAUGCAGGCUGCGAGAGAAUCGGAAGAGGCCGCGAUCUUGGAGGUCAAACGCCUGAGUGCCAUGAUUGCUUCCCAACCCGCCCCAGGCUCGGAAUCAGACUUGCUGCCCCAAAACGAAGAAACCGACACAAUCUCUAGUUCGCACGCCGAUGUAGCUUCAAAGGCGGCUCAUGAUGGUGCACACAGCCACGACCACAAUCAAGGGUCUAAUAGACGGUCACUUGACAGACCAAAGCGCUCCAGCGAAGCUGUGCCUCCGGUGGUCCUUCACGGGGCCCAGGUUCUGGUAGAUGACGAUGGAUCAAGAAACGAAAAAGGACCAAUCAAGUCACGACCAACGUGGGAUUAUCUUUUGCAGGUCGAGCCAGCAUCGACACGGUCGACUGGGUGGAUGGUUUUCCGCAAAUAUUCGGACUUUCAAUCGCUUCACGAGAUGCUGGAGACUGUUUCUCGAUUGAACCUCAUUCAAAGCUUCUCAGAAAGCCACCCCACAUUGCCACCUUGGAAGAACAAGACAAGGCAAACUCUGGCGCGAGAUCUGGAGCAUUAUCUACAGGAUGCCAUGAAGCACGAAUCUCUGGCGGACAAUGACCGAAUGCGUCGGUUCCUAGAAAAAGAUGCCGGCUCUUCUGAAGCAGCUGGUCCCACUAAGCCAGCGUUCUCCUUCCCUAGUCAGUCUGCAUUUGAAAACAUGGGCAAGGGGGUGUUGGGUGCGUUAACUAAUGCGCCGAAGGGAGUGGCGGGGGGUGGAAAAGCUGUCUUCGAGGGAAUGAGCGGAGUUUUUGGAGGCGCAGCUACCAACAAGAAGGCUGCUGUCACGACUUAUCAGAGUGAUUCCAAGGCUGGUGGAUCCAACCGUACCAGCCUGUCUCUGACGCGGCCAAGCCUGGAUAAUCAUGCCGGUGGAAGUAACGAAGCUGGCGACUUUGCGCCACUUUCUGACAGUUCUUCAAACCAUCGAAGGAGCGAGACCUCGGAGUCACCUUCGCUUGACAGUCCCCAGGGAUCUGGUGGAGUCGAGCAAAACGCACGGGCAACAGUGUCCUCGCUUCCCAAAUCUUCACUCGACUCAGGCGCCGAUGCAGUAGAACUCUUGACGGAGACAACCGAUCAUUUCCCCACACACCAUCGGUCAGAGACUUUGCAAAGUGUCGACCAACCCCGCAAGAAAAACAGCCCUAUCACAGCCGAUGAAACGCAAAUCGCGGUAGAGCUGAUCUUUGCCGUGAUCAACGAAUUGUACACUUUGUCGUCUGCAUGGAACAUUCGGCGAACUCUGUUGAACGCCGCCAAAUCAUACAUUCUGCGCCCUGGAAGUCCAACAUUGGAAACGAUUCGCACUCUGUUACAAGAUUCCAUGAUUGAAAGUCAUACCUCGGACGAUGCCCUUGGGGGUUAUAUUGCCAAGCUUCGAGAGAAUGCGCUUCCCACGGAGGACGAACUUAAAGCUUGGCCACCUCCGCCCAGUGAGGAGGAAAAGCUUCGUAUACGAGAAACCGCUCGCAAUCUUUUUGUGCAGCGUGGAAUCCCCCAGGCUCUGACGAGUGUGAUGGGAGCAGCUGCUAGCCGGGAAGCGCUGGAGAAGAUCUUCGACAGUCUUCAGGUGGAAACUGUUGCCCGAGGAUUUGUCUUUUCGGUCUUGCUACAAGGACUCAGGGUACUGACCCUAUGA